UUUGUGGUGUUUCAAAUGACUAGGCACCACUUGAAAGAUGCUGUUCUUGAAGGGGAGCUACCAUUCAUCAAAGCCCAUGGGAAGUCCUCAUAUGAGUACGUCUCCACGCAGCUGAAAUUCAGCAAGCUCUUUAAUAAGGCAAUGUGGGACCACUCCACCAUUGUCUUGACAAGAAUCUUAGAGACCUACAAAGGGUUUGAAGGAGUCAAGGAGUUGGUCGACGUUGGAGGUGGGACGGGAGCCUCGCUUAACCUGAUUAUCUCUAAGUACCCUCAUAUCAAGGGAAUCAAUUUCGAUUUGCCAGAAGUCGUCGUCACUGCACCUAACUACCCAGGUGUGGGGCAUGUUGGAGGAGAUAUGUUUGCCAGCGUUCCAAGCGCAGAAGCCAUUUUAGUUAAGUGGAUAUUCAUGGAUUGGACGGAUGAGCGGUGCAUCCAAAUUCUAAAGAACUGCUACAAAGCACUGCCUGACUCUGGAAAGGUGAUCAUUGUGGAAAAUGUUCUUCCAGAAGAAAUAAAGAACGAUGUGGGUGUUCAGGGCAGCUUCCAGCUUGAUGUGAUCGAGACAGCCUGGAGCAAAGGGAAGAUCAGGACUGUGAAGGAGUUCAAAGAAUUGGCGAAGAUAGCUGGUUUUGCUGGUUUUAGCCUUGCGAGUUUUGCAUGUAACCAUGGGGCCAUGGAAUGCUACAAAACUGUGUGAUUUUUAGCUUGGUGGCCUACAUAUCUUUUCUUUUUUCCUUUAGUGUCCUAUUUUUGCGCAGUUUCUGGUCGUCUCUGGUGUAUGCUUUUUUAAUUGAAAGAAUAAAACUUCAAGAGUGGAUGCACUAUUUAUGUA